GUCAUUGAAGGCGUCUGCCGAGCAGUGACAGAGGCAUCUGCAGGAGCCCCCAGCGGGCGUCGUAACUGUUUCAAUUACAUCGGUGAGCCUCCGGAUAUCAACAGCUACGUCUGGCAGUUGUACAGGAACUGCUGCUGUGACACGAUGACCUUCGUCUGGGCUUUCGCUUACUUGUGCCGGAUCUCCGAGAGCAACCGCGGCAAGGUGGACGUGAGCACACAGACCAUCCACCGGCUCCUCCUGGCCGCGGUGACUGUCGCAGCGAAGCAGCAGCAGCUUUAUAUGUACGAUAACAGCUUCUACGCGCAAGCCGGCAAUGUAAGCACAGCGGAUCUGAACAAGCUCGAGGCACGGUUUUUGGAGUUGCUCAAUUGGAAUCUCGACGUUUGCCCCAAGACUUUCAAGAGGCGGAGACAGGGAUUUUUCGCCUCCUUUGCAGAGCUGCAGCGUGACGAGACACGGUCUUUUCGGAAGUUCAGAUCCGCGCUGGGGAAGAAGCUUUUCGCAUGGCUGUCAAUGGUCACCGCCAACGUGCGGCCCUUGAAGACCUGCAGUAAUAGGUCUUUUGGUUUCUUGGCGAUGGCGGUAGUAGACCACACCAAGGCGUUGGAGUGGCUCUCAGAAGAAUGCCAUCCGGCUCUGGCCGCAAUGCUUGGCUGUUUCCAGGAGUUGGCAAGGUCCGUGAGGCGGCCCUUGCUGCUGGCCUCCUUGCUUUGCUUGGCCGUGAUCGAGGCCCUGUGCCAGGCAGCCGCGCAGCGCUUCAUCGGACCCCUGGGCGAGCCGGCGAAGAAGCCGGAAGAAGCGGCGGGGUCGGUCGCGGGGCAGGAACCCGAUGAGAAGCCUGACUGGAAGGACGCCGCAUAUCAGCGACAGCUAGAUCGGAUCAAUGCGCGAAAAAGGAAGCAGUCGCCGGAUUACAAGGAGUCCGCCUACGAAAGGAAAGUGCGUUUGCGCAAGAUGGCGAUGUGGAAUGCGGCGCAGAGGAAGGGCGUGAACGAGGUGGGUGCGCGAGACUCCACCACCAUCGACAUCAAGGUGAAGCUGGUGAAGCCCUUCGGCAUCGAGUUCGAAGAACGUGAGGAGGACCCCAACCGAGUCUGGGUCGGCCGAAUAAUGGAGGAAGGAUCAGCCUUCAAGAACGGAGAGGUGGAGACCGGAGACUUCCUCACCACGGUGAACGGUCAAGACGUGGAGGGCAAGCCCUACGAUGAAGCCUUGCAGUACCUCGUGGAUGCCGAAGGUGAGAUUGACCUGAUCUUCAAGCGCAUCUACGUGGCCUGA